AAUGGCAACAUUUUUUCGUUUUACUUUUAUUUUUUACGAAGGCAGACGACGAAUGCUAAUUGAUUGCAUAUUUACAUUAAAAAAAUAAUUUGCAGUACUUAUUUUACUCUUUUUUUCAUUGAUUAGUAAUCAAUGAGAUCAUUCACGUUUGACAAACGCUGCGGUUCAGAGAGAUGAAUUCUAAUACGUCUGUUUCCGCGCCAUCUACUCCGACGGAGCAAAUUAAACAAAUCCACUCCAAUGUUUCUGCCAAGAAAAAAGCCAAAUGUAGUAAUCGAGUUCACUUUCCCGCAGAUGAAAUACUUGUUACCUGUUAUUUAGAACCCCCCGAUCCAUGGUCGAAAGUGUAUGCUAAUACAUUGAAUACACUGAUUUCUGCAUACAUUGCUGCUAGUGAUAAACAGGGAAUAAAACCUUUGCCUUGUGUUUUGGAUCAACUGCAGGAAUUUGAAAGCAAUUCUAACCAACUGGAAGAAAAUCCUCGCUCAUUUGAUCUUAGUAUAUUAGGUGAAAAACUUAGCUUGAAACACUGUGAAGCUUUAGAAGAAAUUCUUAGAAGACUCCAAUUUAACUUAGUUGACUUAGAAGGCUGUUACUUAGAUGAUGAGGGUGCUGCUGCCUUUUUUGAUAUGAUUGAAUACUAUGAUUCAGCUGAACAGUUGAAUAUAUCUUUUACGAAGCAAAUAGAUUGCCGUGGGUGGCAAGCAUGUUCUCGGAUGUUAAAAAAGACUCCAUCAUUGAUUCAUCUGAAUGCGAGAAGUACUGGUCUGAAUGAGCAGGUUCUCUUAAUUAUUGGUAGGGCUUUGCGCUUAGGAUCAAAUUUAGUCACUUUGCAUCUUGAAAACUGUGGUAUUUUUGGAAGAUGCCUUGUUAUAUUAGUUGCAGCCCUGAAGAUGAAUACUACAUUGCGGGAACUAUUUCUUGCAGAGAAUAAAAUAUCCUCUGCAGAUGGUUUUCAGUUAGGAAAUUUACUAAGAACCAAUACUCAUCUUGAAUUGAUUGACUUAAGUAAUAACAAGUUGGGGGAUGAAGGGUUAACUCAUGUGAUGGAUAGUCUUGGACAGCAAUCUAAUACAUCUGGCAGAGGGCUCAGUACUUUAAUAUUAUGGAAUAAUGAAAUCACUAUUAAAAGCAUGGCAUGCAUUUCAAGGGCACUGACUGCAGCACGGGCUCUUCGAAGGUUAAAUCUAGGCAGUAAUGAAAUAACUAGUGCCGGUAUUUUAGAUUUGAAGCAGAGUUUUAUUUGUAACAGGACAAUUGAAAUCUUGGAGCUGGAGAAUGCAGCCAUAACAUCUGAUGGGGCCUGUGCGUUAGCUGAAUAUAUAUCUCAAAACCAAUUCAUUCAAAAAUUGGAUAUUAGAGGCAAUGAUAUAAGAUUGGAUGGACUUGAAGCUUUAACUAAAGUAGUGUCAAAAAAUUCCAAUAUUAUCAGCUUAAAAAUUGAUCCAACGUCCAAAGACUUGAGUGAACCCCUGGUAGAGAGACAAGAGAAGAUUCAGGAAAUAAUUAAAUGUUGCCAAAGAAAUAAAGAAGCCAAAGAUUCACUUCCCCCUCAGGAUGCUCAGUUAACUACUUUAUUUAAUGGAAUAUUUUCACAUGUUCUUCCUUCUCCUCAACCAGGUGAUUCUCCAAGUCAAAAUUUCAAGCCUGAUAUGGAGAGAAAUGAUAAUACUCGAAAUUCUUUCCGAGGUCGUUUCCGAGUCUCAGUUGUUGAACUCAAUCAAGAAAAUAUUUCGAAAUCUUCUCCUGGAGUUGAUAGAUCAUUUUCUUUGGAUUCAACUCAUUAUACAAUUAAAAAUGAGGGCAAAGUUGAAACCGGUGAUCCUAUUGUAAAUAAAAGUGUGAAAACUGUCAAUUUGGUGUCAGAUCGUAUUAAAUGGCUGGAGGACCUUAAAUUGUCUGGUAUUGAAUAUAAUGAUCUGUACAGCUCGUUUUCUCCUAAAAUAGAGAAAAUUGAUGGGGAUUCCGAAGUGUUCAUGUCGGCUGCAGAGAUGAGAGAUAGGUUUCAACCAAGAGAUAGCCUCUGUCUAGAAUUGCAUGAUGGUUUAGGAACCAGCACUGAACCAGAACAAAAAGUAAGGCGUUCAAGCUCACCUACGAUCUCUUCUACACCUUCUGUAUCUCGCAAAACUCGAAGCAUCAAAUGUUGCAAGGAACUAGAGGGGCUGGACCUUCGAUCAACAGUUCCUUUGUCACCAACUAGACUUCACGAAAGUUUUGAUUUUCAAGAACCUCAAGUUAAAGAUGUUCCAUUGAAUGAUCAAAUGAACAUCAAGUCAUCUCAUGCUGUAUACAUGGUUCAUUAGUUAUGGGAUUAACUCCUCAACUCAUAUAAUAUUAUGGAAAUGUUAACCAUUAAAAUAUUUAUGUGAAUGUUUGAAUUUAUGAAAUAAUGUAUAUUAGCAUUGUUCCUUAUGUGAUUUGUUAUUCUUGCCCUGUUUCAUUUGUGUAAUGUCUCACACAAAAUUGGUUUGAUUGUUGAAUAAUACUUUUAAAUCUUUUUUUUUUUUUUUUUUUACUUUGUGUUA